AUGGAGAGCUCAACAUCGAAGGUAGAGGUCAUCAUAAAGCCUACGCUGCUUAAAACCGGGAUUCCUUUAGCUUUGUCUAUGGUUGGUUUCAUAUGUGCAAAGCUUAUGGCUAAAAGAAGCUUGAAUCCUAAAGAGUCUUUAUCAGAAGCUGAUGAUCAGGUGCUUAGAGAUGGGGAUAGCUUUCAUAGUUUCAGUUCUACAUGUGUGCUUUCCAUGGAAGAUCAUGAACCAAUUAUCAUGGAUGCCAAUGUCAUGAAUUUAGCAGAAAGUUUGGAGAUUGGAUAUAAUAAACACGAAUUGGAGGAAGAGAUUUCGCUCCUAAGAAUCCGACUUGAUGAUCUUCAAAACAGAGAAUCUGAGUUGGAGAUGCAAUUUAUCCGCUACUGUGACUUGAAAUAGAAAGAAUCUGUUGUUGUGGAGCUGAGGAAUAUGUUGUUAUUGCAAAUGGCUCAUGUUGAGUUCUUCAAUAGAGAAGUUUCAUCCAUGGAGGCUGAGAGCCAAAGGCUUGAGAAGUUGGUAGUAGAAUAUUUAAGGAUUUUGGAGCAACUUGAGUAUUGGAAAUCAGAAAAUGGAUUUCUUCAGAGAAAGGUAAAGAAGCUUUUGAGGAAAGCAAGAAGGCAAUCUCGAAUAAUGCAAAAACAAGAUUUGAAGCUUGAAGCUUGGGAAGCAGAAGUUUUGAGGAUAUAUGAGGCACUAGCAAAGGUUAUCAAGAAAUUGGAAGACGAAGUUGGGGAGCUGAGAGUGGUUUUGGACCAAGUGCAGGAUGAGAAAAAUGUACUCUUGGAAAAGCUUGAAUUGGCAGAAAAAUCAGCUUCCUCAAUCUCCAAGAUUGGAGGAGAAGGGAUCAAAAUUGAAGUCCUCGAAAAGGAAAUAGAGCAGCUGCAGAAGGAUCGUGCAGCUGAAUUGAAGGAACUGGUUUACUUGCGGUGGAGCAAUGCGUGCUUAAGGCACGAGUUGAUGAGGAAUCAAGCACAGGAAGAGCAGCAAGAUCAGGAGAAGAACAAUAAUUUGGCAACAGAUUUUGAAGGAAGCGGAGAAAUUGCAGAUUAUGGGUUAGCUAGCAUGGUUUUGGAGCAUAAUGAGCCUUGCUUUGGAAUUGUGAGCAGCGAUCAGGCUUGUUCGAAAAGGCAAAAGCUAUUUCAAAGGCUUAGAAGAUUGGUGGAAGGCAGUGACAAGGCAAAAGGAAGAAGAUUGGGUGAGAAAGAAAGGCAUGAAGAAGUCAAGUGUUUUGGAAGGCAUUCUGUUUCCGAUGAUGCAGAGGCACAUCACUUUCCAAGGAGGUCUUGCUCUAGUGCUUGA